AUGAUUUUGCUCCAUCGCCUCUGUUUAUUGUUCGCUCUGCUUGCUACAGUCUCAGAAAAUGUACUUGCGUCCGUGUUGGCGAUCGACUAUGGCGCGGACUGGAUCAAGGCUUCGCUCAUGAAGCCCGGCGUUCCGUUCGACGUCUUGUUGAACAAGGACUCGAAGCGGAAGAUUCAGUCGUCUGUGGGGUGGAAACAGAAAGAUAGGCUGUUUGGCUCAGAUGCGUUCGCUAUUGCAGGAAGAUACCCCACGGACUCGUUCUCGUCACUGAAGUUUCUGCAAGCGGCCCCAUAUGCAUCUGAUGCGGUCUCCUUCUAUACCUCAAUCUCAUCCGCAGACGUCGUCAAGACAGAGCGAGGGACAGUUGCGUUACGUCGCUCAGAUGGCACGGAGUGGGCUGUCGAGGAAUUAAUUGCAAUGCAGUUCGCAUACGUUCGGCAGCUGGCCGAGGACGUUGCCGGAGAGAGAGUACUCGAUGUUGUGGUCACCGUGCCACCAUACUAUACACAACACGAGCGCGAAGCCGUAAUGGACGCCAUCGAAAUUGCCGGGAUGCGCACGCUCGCGCUCGUGAACGACGGCACAGCAGUCGCAGUCAACUAUGCCAUGACGCGCACUUUCCUCACGCCCGAGUACCACGUCAUCUACGACGCAGGCACGUCCGCCAUUCGCGCGACCGUCGUGGGCUUCUCAUCCGUCGCGGGCGACGCGAAGGGCAGCGUGCAGAUCAAUGUCGCCGGCCUCGGGUUCGACCGCACCAUCGGCGGGACAGAGCUCGAUCGUCGGUUGCGCGACAUCAUGAUUGAGGAUUUCCAGCGCAAGCACGACAAGGACAUCCGCAGCGACAAACGUGCGAUGACGAAGCUGUGGAAGGAAGCCGGCCGGAUAAAGACGAUUCUAAGCGCGAACGCAGACGCGAUGGCGACGGUCGAGAGCCUGGCCUUUGACAUUGAUUACCGGUCAAAGGUAACAAGAGCCGACUUUGAGAUCGCUUGUACGGAUCUGAAGGGAGAGUUCUCCCGGCCGAUCUUUGAUGCCCUUGCCCGCGCUGGCUUGACCUUGAACGAUAUUUCUUCUGUCAUUUUGACCGGUGGAGCUUCGCGAACACCAAUGAUCCAGGCCGCGCUCAAGGCUGCCGUUGGAGACAGCAAAAUCGCCAUGAACGUCAAUGCGGACGAGGCAGCCGUCAUGGGCGCCGCUCUUCAUGGUGCAGCACUCAGCAGGCAGUUCAGGACCAAGGACAUCAAAGUGAUCGACAUCGCGCCUUACGACAUCCAACUUUCGUACCCAGCGGAACCCAAGUCCCCGGACGUAAAGCCCCGGAUGAUCAACACCCUUGUCCUUCCCGUGGGUACGAAUACUGGCGCUAAGAAGACGCUCACGUUUAAGCGCUCGGACGACUUCACCGUCAAGAUGGCUUAUAAAAGUCCACCUGCUCCUGGAUUACCGACGCAGCUAAUGGAAGCCAAGCUUGUCGGCGUGUCUGAGGCCAUCCGGAACCUCACGGAAGCUGGUGCAACAGAUCCCGUGGUGAAGGCGACAGUCAGCUUCACUGAAUCUGGUUUGAGCACCUUGAGUGACAUCCUUGUGCACGGGGAGAUUAAGGAUGACUCCAUCACUGGCAAACUAAAGGGAUUCUUCGGCGGAUCAUCGUCCUCGUCCGAGGAGGUAUCUGAGGGCGAGGAAGGGGUAGUCACUGAGGAGCAAGUACCUCUUGAAGUUCCUGCUCCGUCUACCUCAUCCGAAAAGAAGGUAGUGCAGGAUACUAUCUUGUUGGAUUAUGAGGUGGGCACUCCUUCAUUGCCACCGAUGUCAGCGACAGAGAAGCGUAAGGCGCGCGGAAGGCUGAUAGCUGUGGACAACGAAGAAGCCACCAAACGUCGCAGGGAGGAAGCGCGAAACACUCUUGAGGGAUACACGUAUCGACUGCGCGAUCUGUUGGAGGACAACAGUCCAACUUCUCCGUUUAUGAAGUGCUCGCAAGAGGCAGAAAGGAAAAGAAUCGCUGAGCAGCUGGAAGAGACAUUCACUUGGCUCUCAGAAAAUGGCGAGGAUGCCGAUACGAGGGACCUACUUGAUAAGAGAGGCACACUAGAGAGUCUCGAGCACCCGAUCAUUCACAGAUACACCGAGAUCGAGAAGUUUCCUCACGCGCUGAAUAACAGUCAGCUUUGGAACUGGCAGACACGUAUCUUCCUCGGUGAGGCAAGAAAGAAUCUGACCAUUGCCGAGGACGGCGGGCCGCCAUCGAAGUACACCUUAGAGGAACUCGAGGCGCUGGAGAAGACUCUGGCAGAGCAUGAGACGUGGCUAGAUGAAUGGGUGGAGAAGCAAAAGUCAGUGAAGAUGAACGAGGACCCGGUUAUCCUAACGAGCGAGAUGCGUGCGCGGGUGAAGCCGUUGCAGAACCAUCUAGAGCGACUGCUUAAGAAGAAGGUGCCGCGGCCGACGAAGAAAUCCGCAUCAUCGAGCACUGCGCAAGCAUCGGAGACGAGUGCGGAUGCUGAGGGAGAAGAGACUGAGGUUACGCAGACGACGGCAUCGAGCAGCACGACGUCUGUACUUGCAGGGACGGAUGUGCCUCAUGAUGAGCUGUAG